AUGUUCUGGAGAGCUUCGUCUCCCUCGGUCACCUAUGACCUGUGUCAGCCUGUGACGCUACCGGAAGGCGUACUAAUAUCCCAUGAUUUUGAUAAGCAGGUGCGCUACAUCCGGUCGGCCACAUUCCACCAAAAAUGUUACAUGGGCUCUACUCCCAUGUUGAAUACCAACGUCAACUUGGUCAUGAAUACGUUUUCACAGCCGCUACCCAUCGUCAAGCACUCAUGGGAACAGUUCACGCUGCAUCCCAGUCGUGGCGUGUUUAUUUUCAGUGUGGUUCCUAUCAUUUAUUCCAUCUCCAUCUCUGCUGUUGUAACGUGGUUUCUCACUAUCUUUGUUCUUGCAAAUUACACCAUCAAGCCGUCCCUUCUUUUAAAGGCGUCCACACUCAUGCUGCUGAUAUACAUGUUAAUCACGGUUAUUGGCUCAAUCAUUGUGUUGCAUGGCCAGCAACGCCAAGGUUAUCUUCACGGAGCUGCACUCCUCGAUCACAUCAAUCAGCAGGUCUAUUUGAAUGUUAUCGACAUGUUAGUGGUGUUCCUCUUGCAGGUCAACCAGGUUCAAGUGGUGAUGCGGUUGUUUUCUCGUCAGAGCGACAAGCGACUCAUAUUUUUGGUGGGUUUGGUGGCCUCAUUAGCUUCUCAAACCCUCUGGAGCAUUACCAAGUUCCAUAACUUCGAUAACGAUGAUGAGGUGGGCAAAAUCUUGCCUGCUUUCACCUACUUGAUCCGUAUCGCCAUGAGUAUUAGUUAUGCGGCGUUGUUUACGGCAUUUCUACUAACCAAAGUGAGAACGCUAUUUGCUCAUAAGGGAAUAUGGCCAAUUUCGCUUCUCACGCUUGUGUUUAUAUACGCACCAGUGGCUUUUUUUAUAGCUGAUGUGUCGAGUGCGUGGGUAUACGAGUUGUCGGAAAUUUUCUCUGUCGUUACCUACGUUGUGUGUGUGGUAAUACCGUGGGAAUGGUGCAACAAGUACAAUAUCAUUCGGAAAAUGAUCGAAAAGGAAGGUGUCCUAGGACGGCGAUUCCACGAAGAUGAGAUCUGCGAGUUGGAUAGGUUUGAACUUUUUGUGGAGGAAGAAUCCGACUCUGAUGCUGGUGACGUCGGCGACGAAGGAAGCCAGCUACUUUCUCACCGGUCUGGCGAGUCUACAUCGAGACGACUCGAGCAAAAUAUCUCCAAAUCUCUGGAAAUGCCGCAUGAAAGCACAACCACCCCUUAUAACAGACUUGUCAAUGGUAUGUGGGUAUUACGAGACAGGUUUCUCGACAUCACAGAUAAAAUCAUCGCCACUGGAUUGGCCAUUCCUCGUUCGGUAAGUGUAUCAAGCAACAAUGCUACUUCUCCCAAUUUUCACUUCGACAGAAAUGGCUCUGCAGAAGUGGUUGAGCCCUCAACAAGGUCUCGAACUGUUGUCUUUGCAGAUGGAGAAAAUCCAGGACGGAACAGAAGAGAUGUCUUCGUGUAUUCUACAAAAGAUGUGUGCAUCAAUUUGGAUGAUUAA